AUGAUACUUGGCCCACCAGAGGACUGCGCCGACUCCGUCCGCGCACUAAAGAAGAGGGGGCGUCAAGUUUGCAGCCUUCAGGCAGCCCCAAGCAAACCUCCACUCUGCUUGGACCCCAUAUCGUUUACUUCGGAAGACGCCAAGGGAAUCCAACACCCCCAUUCGGACCCUUUAGUCAUCGAAGUCUCCAUGGGCGAUUUCGACGUCGAACGAGUUUUGGUCGACACGGGGAGUACCGUCAAUGUAAUAUGCUGGCAAACGCUAGAUAAAAUGGGUGUCACGCCGGAACAACUGAAACCUGAAUCUCGAACAUUGACGGGCUAUGAUGGGGUCGUCAAACUUUUGAUGGGCGACGUAAAGCUGCAGGUGCGAGCCGGCGGAUUGUCCUGGAAGACCAAGUUCGUAGUCAUCGUCGCGCCUCCAGUCUACAACGCCAUUUUGGGGGUACUGUGGAUAUACGCGAUGCAAGCCGUACCAUUGACCUAUCACCUCUGCAUCAAGUUCCCAACCACCACGGGAAUCCGCACACUUUAUGGUGACCAGAGAGUAGCCCGAACUUGCUCUGGUAUCGAGAAGAAGCAGAGGAAGACUAAAGACGCGUAG